AUGGAUGAACAUUCGACCGGCGAUGUGGUCAAGGAACUGCACAGAGAUCUAGUGGUGAAAUACAACAGACACGCCGCGGCUGUCGAACGAUACUGGCGAAGCUUCGAUCAGAGCCAACGAACCAAAUGCAUCAAAGCUGGCGCAGCCGACGGUGUCGUUCUCAAACAUCCUUUGGAUCGGGCUUUGGGCGACGUAUACAAGAUCAUACCUGAGAUCAAUCUGCGUGAUAUCACAAGUCCUGAAUCUGAUUUUCUCUUGGAUCUGCUCAAACAUCGCGCCACAAAUUCACUUCUCGACCAAUAUAUGACUGGCCUGAAUGGCGGCCCCGGAGAUCACGCUUUCAUCAAGAACAUGAUGGAUACUAGAAAUCUCGCCCUUGCUAAUCCCGACAGAAACAUCUUGACCCUAUUUUUUUUUUUAGCGAGGAUCGUUUUGGCCCGACUCGCCCCUUCCAUCAGAGCCAAUCUCUGCGUGUCGCAAGAACUUGGGGAAUUGAUCUUGCAGAGACAAACCCAUCUACUGCAGAGUCUGAACAUUGUCAUUGAGGACAUAUUGGAUAUCGGCUCGAAAAUACGAGAUCGCAAGAAGCCGCCCAAGAGAUCCGACAAAGACAAAGCCGCGGUCGCUGCCAUUUCGAAACUCAGCAUUCAAACUCCUCCGACGAGCCUCUUGCUUUCCGACCUUAUCAAUGGCGCUGUGGAGCAAAAGUCUUCGAAUGAAGAGUACUUGAAUUUGCUCUCCACAGAACCAGUCGACGAGAAAGGACGCAGCUUGCCGGUGCAUACCGAUAAAUACAUCAGCGGAGCAGUCUUAGAGGCCGCGUACCGCGCCGUCAAAGCAGCUGCGAUUUGGAACUAUAUCAGCGGCCUCCUUAAGCGUCUGGAGUCUACCCCUGCCACCGACAAGAUCUAUAAGACCAUGAUCCUCCAAGAGAUCUCGAAUGUCUGUCAAAUGGAAUACAGCCGCACUCAAGCCCUUUUCAAGCAGAACGUCCAAAUAGCAACAGGGGUCAAAUGGUUCAAGCGCAUGUCCAACGCAUACGACAAGGCCGGGAACGCACGCGUGAACAUGAAAGGGGACCCUGGAGCCUUGACGCGAACCGAUCCUCAACUUCACUACAUGCUUCGGCUCUGCCAGUCUGAGACCACCGCCUCGAAGGCCACGGAUUGGAUGAAGAAACUCGGUGAUUUACACGACACUCAUCCCUCCGAACGAGAAAAGCUCGAAGAGCGGGAAGUGGUCUCGCUCGGCGACCUGGCCAUCACCACAGCCUUCAUACAGGAUCUAUCGGCGGUAGUUUCCAUGCCCCCACCUUCUCGCAAGAAAGCUCAAAUGUUCGUAGCCCGAUCGCAGGAGCUUGACGCUGAGAUGAACGAACUCAAAUCACAGAUUGACUUACAAGACUUUGCUGUCCCAAUCGACAACCUCUUGGAGCCGAGAGUUGCCGCGAAGAUGCUUCGAGUGCUAGACGACUUUAUCAUUGAGAAAGCCGGCACUCAGAUGGGAUUCCUGUUUCAAGAUCUGAUCGAGGAAUGCUUCACCAACCUUGAGAACCAGUACAAAGACGCCAAGGACAAGGCAGAGCAGAAAGAAAAGGCUGAAGAGACACCUCUUCCGUCUGCAGCUGCAGAAUCCCCGGAGAAGCGCGUCGAGCAGCGGAGGCAAAAAGAGAAGACUCGGCCUUCCCACUCUUCCGCAUACCAGAUCAUUGCGCCUGGCGAGGAGGAGAAACCUGUCCAAGGGGAAGAGGCUCCACCUUUACCACCAACCAUAAAAGUGCGUGCAUCGACGGCCGACGUCUUUUCCAUGUUGUUCUCUAACGCGGAAGCCCGCGGAUCGGUGAACUGGACAGCUUUCACAGCAGCCAUGGCCGAUGUAGGAUUCUCCGUCAAGCCUAAUUUCGGCUCCGUCUACACCUUCUAUCCUCCCGAAAGUUUGAAGGCGAGCAAGGCAGUCACAUUCAUCGCCCACACAAAUCUGCCAUCGAGGGCUGGAGUCUCCUCGUGUACGCAAAGAAAUUGCGAGGAAGGUAUGGCUGGAGCGAGAAGACGUUCGAGGUGGCUUCGGAAGGAUCGUGAGGUGUAG